AUGAGUGCUAGAAGACUUACGCCGGUUGAAGAAGAUGUCUUGGCUCUUGGAUUAAAUUUCGCUGUGGUACCCCGUGUUCUUCCUAAAGAAGAAUUCGUACAACGUUUGGAACCGAAGUUAUACCACAUGACGAACGAUGAAGCUAGUAACAUCCGCGUCCAAAUCACCGAGGUUCUACGACGUGCAACGCUUCCAGCUUCGAAUUUAACCAAGAAUAAGAACGAUGCAUUGAAAAACUUAAGAGCAGAUAAGUCAAUACAUAUUUUAAAGGCUGAUAAGGGUAACGCUACGGUUAUUUUAGAUCGUCUAGAAUAUGAUAAUAAAAUCCUGGCUCUUUUAAACACUUCAACUUAUAAAGAGCUUAAAAGAGACCCUACAGCUAACAUUGAACGUAAAAUAUGUUCCAAACUAUCUGGUUUUAAAAAGGCAG